AUCCACUUUGAUUUGUGAUGCUUGGCGGUUCCGGUAGGGGGAGACAGCUGCACCAACUCUUAGCCAGACUGCGAGACAUGUGGCUGAGACUUUCUGAAAGCUACGCUCCGUUUUUUAGCCCAAAACAGUUACCGGAUAGUGCGAUUUGUCCGCAUUUUAUAGCAGCAGUUUGGACGCUAAAACCAGUUUACUAGGUGCAAACCACCUGCAGCAGCACUUAAAGUAGUGAUCAGGACAGUCCAGGGGUGACAUGACUGGAGCUGGAAGUGGCGGCCAGGGCCUGCCUGAUGGGAUGGAUGCUGAGGAGGCGGAGAGGUGUCCUAUCUGCCUGGGCGUCCUGGCUGGGGGCGAACUCGCCAUGCCCGACAGCUGCUGCCACGUCUUCUGCCUCAGAUGUCUCCUCACAUGGGCAGAGUUGCAGAUGGCCCCCUCCUGCCCGGUGGACAGAAGACCUUUCACUAAUGUUUACAGAUGGGACGGGAAUCUCAGCUGUGUGCAGGUUCCUGUGAGGAAACGAGCAACUCAACCUGAAGCCGAGAGUUGCUGCUGUAGAACCCCCGAACAAAAAGUCUGUCUAAAAAGUAAGCCUGCAAGAAGACUGAGGCGGCAAAAGGUGGAGAGGAUGGCAGAUGCAAAAACAAAAGGGCUUGUGAGGAAAUGUAACGAUGACGACCCCUCCUCACUGAGCCGAAAAAAGGUGAGAGGAACGGAGUGCUGUACGUGGUCACCGUCUCCCUGUGUCUCAUUAACGACUUCGUCAACUCAGGACAUUGCAGAGCCUGUGUGGGUGGCAGAGGACAUGCAAUAUGACACCGGGUUCAAACUGUGCAAACCCCAGGCGCAGGAUUGGCCAUGGCUUUCUCCCGCUGCUCCCAUCCCUGCUACCGGCACCUCAAGGCAGAAUUUUCAUCCUACUAGUUGGAACCACAGUCCAUCUCCCUUUACUUCCACGUCACUGUUUGGCUCCGGUCAUUUCGUGUUUCAGGGCGUUGUUUGCGCCAUCACGUGUCCAAAAGGUGGAGAGAAGAGAGGCGGUCGAGCUUCCACCUCCAAAGCUCCCACCAAAGAGGCCAAGUCUCUACCGUCCAGGCGAUCUGUACGCAACAGUAAAAGCCAGGAAGAGGCUCCCGCCUCCGACCCGUCGUCCCCACCGCAGUCCAGCUCAUCGGACGGUGACUCGUCCACCGGCCGGUCCGCCAAGCCAGGCAGGGCUUCUCAGGCGCCGGCCAAGAGGAAGGGCAAACAGGUAACAAACCGAAAGGCAAGCGGAAAACGGAAAGCCGCCACAAGGAAAAAAAAAUCCCCCAAAGUCGUAAACAGCCCGCCAGCAAGCGAGGACGAGGAGGAGGAAGAAGAGGAGGAAGAGGGUGAUGGAUGUGAAAACAUGGCGACGAAGGUGGAGGAAGAGGACAAAUCUGAUCAGGAUCAAGAUUUGAAACCCUUAGAGCAGCAGCCGUCUGAUGCUGAAGGGAGCCUCAAUGAAGACCAGGAUGAGUUUAACUCUGCCGAUGAGCGAGGAGGCGCUGAACCCUCAACUAACGUGGGACAGGACAGUGACGAGACUCAGGAAAAACUCGACCAACGUCAACUAAAACCAGGUAAAGGGGACGAUGACAUGUCUUGUCCCUCGGACUCUGCUCCUUACAGUCCCGGCUCGUGCUCUGAGGGAGACCAGAACAAGAGGAAGGAGGAAGAGCCAGCAAGCCCCGUCUCCUCCAGAGGAAAGGACUCGGAGGACAGGGCUUCACCGUUACCCUCGGACUCCGAGAACGCUCUGCAGGACCAUGCGGUGUCUCCACUACUUGACGAGCAGCCCGAGCAGGAUGACGACAUGGAGCUUUGUGCAGAGUCCGAAGAAGCCAAUAAGGAAGCAUCUCCAAAGGAAGCAUCUCCAAAGGAAGCAUCUCCAAAGGAAGCAUCUCCAAAGGAAGCGAUGGCUGAAUCGUGUGAGAAUUCCCCACAACCAGCUUCCCCGUCUGCCGGAGAGUCGGAGGACGACUUGGCUGUCCCGGACCCAAAAGCCUCAGAGGACGCUGAAAUAAAACGUGCUGGAUCAGAAGAGCCACCCAUAGUGGACAGCUCUGGGAAAGGAACCAAGGAGGACAGUCCAUCCAAGGAUGACACCAAAGUCGUCCCCAUGGACUGCAGUUCACCCACGAGCGAGCACGGUAGCAGUCCUAUUUUGGAACUCCCGAAGGAGAGUGCUGCCCCCGCUGCUGCAGAACCUCCUUUGUCUGCAGGUCAAGUCACCAAAGAUGAAAGCUACAAGGAGCAACCGGAGAGAGAAAGGAGCCAAGAGAGGAAGAAUGGCAGGCAGCGGCGCUCUCGCUUCCACUCCCCAACCUCCAAGUGGUCACCCAAAAGGGAGUCCAAGCGAGAACCAUCCAGGCGCUCACGGUCCAGAGAACCAUCCAGGCGCUCACGGUCCAGAGAACCAUCCAGGCGCUCACGCUCUCGGUCUAGAGAACCUUCCAAGCGCUCACGCUCUCGGUCCAGAGAACCAUCCAGGCGCUCACGGUCCAGAGAACGUGACGGCAGCCCGCCCUCGAGCCGCUCGUCCCGUGCCCGCAGCAGAGAAAGAGAUAGGGACCGGGACGGGGAGAGAGACCAUUCUAAGAGGGAACGUAGUCGUGAGAGGAGGAGAAGACGAUCCAAGAGUCGCUCAAAGUCCAGGUCACGGUCUCGAUCACGAUCCAGAACAAGAUCCUACAGACGAGGGCCCAGCCCCGAUCGGCCAACUUCCAGAGAGCAGUCUCCCCAGAGGAAGGAGCGUCGGGGCGGCUGGCGGUCUGGGCAGCUCAGUGGCUCUGGGGGCGAGGGACAAAGGCAUCAUGGAGGCGCUGGGCGCUUUGAAAAUGGUGGGCCUACAGAAAGUUCCCCUGAACGCCAAGCCUGGUCAGAAAAUCCCGACUGGGUUACCGAAAAGACUCGCGAGGUCGGCGCCGGCUCCCGCUGGGAAGACCGCAACAGUGGCGGGAACAGAGGAGAGUCACGGGGCCGAGGGGGCCGCGGAGGGUUUGAACGCGGCCGGGGAGCAGGGCGGGGCAACGGCGGCGGUAACCGUAGCUUUUUCAACCAGCAGGAGGAAACGGGCGACAGCCGCUGGCAGCCCCGGAACACCUUCCCAGGUACAGGCAACGUUUCAGGGAGUGACGCGUACAGUCGCUUCAACGAGAACCGGGGCGGUGGCCGGCGGAAAGACUCGGAUCCUGGAGACUACGACCGGUCAGGCUGGUCAUCGGCAUCGAGCUGGGCUGUCAGGAGGACACUUCCUGCGGACGUUCAGGAUUAUUACUCCAAGAGGGAGAGAGGAGGACCAGGAGGCUGGAGCCGUCAAGAGGAAGAGCAGCCUGGGGGGGCAGCAGCAGCAGCAUCAGAUCCCCCUAAAAGCGAGCCCCCUCCCCAGGCGGUCCCAGGCAACGCGUCGGUGCCUGUGAUGAACGUCAUUCCCGCUCAGCUGAAUGUUCUUCACCAUCACUACCCCAUGCAGGGCCCGCGGGGAGCCCUGCCGGUCAGCCUGCAGCCUGCAGCGCCGUAUGGGAUGCCCCCCCAGGUCCCCGUGCACCUCCACCCUGCCGUACCACUGCUUCAGGUCCCAGCUGUUGGUGCUCAGGGCCUCCCGCCCCCUCCCCCACCACCUCCACCCAUGCAUCAAGGAAGCCUGACAGCAGCAGCUCAGCCUGAUGGCUACACCACACAGAUGGCAAGUACAAUGAUGGGUUAUGGGAAACCUGGCCUUCUUCCCACCCCGAACAAAGCUGGCGUUGCCAUGGCGACCCAUGGCCAGUCUGCGCAGAGCCAAGUGCUACCAUCCUCUACAACUCAGCCCGGCCAGCAUUACAAGGCUCAAGCUGACAGCUCCAAAAAAGAAAAGAAACAACAGAUCCAAGAGAAAGCUGUAAACGAAGUGAAGAAUGCCAUCAAACCCUAUUACCAAAAGAAGGAAAUCACAAAGGACGAGUACAAGGAGAUUGUCCGCAAAGCGGUAGAAAAGGUGUGUCACAGCAAGAGUGGUGAGGUGAACUCCAGUAAGGUGGCCAACCUGGUGAAGGCCUACGUGGACAAAUACAAGCACGCCCGCAAGAAGUGAACCCCCAUGCUGCUGCUGGCGCGGCAGCGCCCACACAGACCCAUUCAGCAGCUUAAGUGCAAUUUCCUCUGGCUGGAAUUUGGCCUCCAAACUGAAAGACAACGGAGAGCCAACUUAUUAUUAUUAUUAUUAUUAUUAUUAAUUUUUUUUUUAUAUCUCUACCUUUUAUUGAAUGAAGAUUUUUUUCUAUAGAAUUUCAUAUUUUGUUAGAAAAAAAGAAUUGCCCAAUCAGAAAUUGUAAUGCAAGAGCCCUUUAUUUUGCAUAGAUCGUGUGACUUGGGAACUACUGUAAGGAGUGCAGGCGGGGGGGGGGGGGGGGGGGGGGGGGGGGGGGGGGGGGGGGUUGUUACUAAAGAUGCAAUGCUCAGCAAACAAUGUCAUCUUAUGUAGAGAGCCUCUUCAAGGGUGCUGGUACGAUGAAAAUCUCCUAAAUGGCACCCUGAUCGCAUAGCUUAUUGAUUAAAUAUUGUCAAUGUUCUUUUUUUUAAAUAUAUAUUAUUUCAGAUGAAAGCCUAGUUUAAAAAAAACAGUGCAUUGCCUUUAUUCUUCUCUGUGGUCCAAUUAAGGGCUAAAAUCUGAGUGUGAUUGUAAUCAGGGCCCUGAUUGGUUGAGGAGAAUCUAAGUGGGAUGGCCAAUCAGCAGUGAGUUUGUAAUGUAAGGCUCGUCUCAGAGGGGCAGAUCAAAGGAAAUUAACACCCGCCCGAUUAUGUAUUCAAUGUCAAUGGGUGAACAGGAACUGUGCUAAGUAUCCAGAGAGUAGUGAAAUAAAUUAGCUGCUUCCUGA